UGUACCGGAGUCACAUCAGAAGCGGACUGAGGAGGAACACGGUAGAAAGUUGGAACCCGGUGCCACGCAGGAUCCCGUGGAACCUUCUGGUGUUUUGAGGACUUGAUCCAUCACGAGUCCGAGAGACUUCUUCUGGUCCCGGAUUGUUCGGGCUCUUCUGGUCCAGGGUGUUCCGGGCUCUUCUGGUCCCGGAUUGUUCGGGCUCUUCUGGUCCAGGGUGUUCCGGGCUCUUCUGGUCCCGGAUUGUUCGGGCUCUUCUGGUCCAGGGUGUUCCGGGCUCUUCUGGUCCCGGAUUGUUCGGGCUCUUCUGGUCCAGGGUGUUCCGGGCUCUUCUGGUCCCGGAUUGUUCGGGCUCUUCUGGUCCAGGGUGUUCCGGGCUCUUCUUAACGGAAUAACGCGCCGUGACCCACCGUGGACCCGGACCCGGACUCUGAGAACCAGUCCUCUGCGGCCAGCCAGAGGCACCGCAGGGUCGCGGGGGAGGUCGGGACCGUCGGGGUCCGCGGACGCACUGCGGCGCACAAAUGGUGUUUCUGUGGGACGCCAAAUACGACCCGGCCCCCGGUCGGCGCUACAGCCCCCCCUCCACCACGCUGGCCUCGGGGGGGAAGAUGUCCGAGGCCCUGGGCACGCAGGAGGGCGCCGCCCUGGUGGGCAAGCUGCGCAUGGCGGAGCGCGGCGUGGUGGAGGGGGUCUCUGACCAUCCGGGUGAGCUGGUGAAGACCGACAGUCCUAACUUCCUGGUCUCCGUGCUGCCGUCCCACUGGAGGUGCAACAAGACGCUCCCGCUCGCCUUCAAGGUGGUUGCCCUGGGCGACACCCCCGACGGCUCCCUGGUGACGGUGAUGGCGGGUAACGACGAGAACUUCUCGGCCGAGCUGCGGAACGCCACGGCGGCCGUCAAGAACCACGUGGCGCGCUUCAACGACCUGCGCUUCGUGGGCCGCAGCGGGCGAGGGAAGAGCUUCACUCUCACCAUCACCGUGUUCACCAACCCUCCUCAGGUGGCCACGUACCAGAGAGCCAUAAAGAUCACAGUGGACGGACCUCGAGAGCCACGACGCCACCGGCAGAAGAUGGAUGAAGUCAAAGCCGGCUCCCUGGCGUUCUCCGAGAGGCUGACGGAGCUGGAGCAGCUGAGGCGGAGCUCCAUGAGGGUGACCCCUCCUCACCACCAGCACCACCACCACCACCCUCCUCAUCCUCACUCCGCCAACAGCCGCCAGUCUGCAGCGCUCAGCGCCGCCAACUUCUCCAGCCCGACGCACGCCCAGAUCACUGCUGGUAAGAGUCUUCAUCAGGAGAGGAGCCAAGAACCCUCCUCUGCAUCAGGGGACCACGUGGGUCUGUCUGGACUCAAUGGAGACUCUACUGGUCCCAUGGGGACCCACUGGACUCUACUGGUCCCAUGGGGACCCCUGGACUCUACUGGUCCCAUGGGGACCCACUGGACUCUACUGGUCCCAUAUUGGUUUGGUCACGGGCCUUCUGCAAGAGAGCCUUGCUUCCUCUAGUUUGGAUUGUUGCCUUGUUUCCUCUAGUUGGGAUAGUUGCCUCUACUUGGGAUAGUUGCCUUGUUUCCUCUUGUUGGGAUUGUUGCCUUGUUUCCUCUACUUUGGAUUGUUGCCUUGUUUCCUCUAGUUGGGAUAGUUGCCUCUACUUGGGAUAGUUACCUUGUUUCCUCUAGUUGGGAUUGUUGUUUUAUUUCCUCUAGUUGGGAUAGUUGCCUUGCUUCCUCGAGUUGGGAUAGUUGCCUUGUUUCCUCUAGUUGGGAUAGUUGCCUCUAAUUUGGAUUGUUGCCUUGUUUCCUCUAGUUGGGAUAGUUGCCUUGUUUCCUCUCGUUGGGAUUGUUGUCUUAUUUGCUCUAGUUGGGAUAGUUGCCUUGUUUCCUCUAGUUGGGAUAGUUGCCUCUAGUUGGGAUAGUUGCCUUGUUUCCUCUAGUUGGGAUAGUUGCCUUAUUUCCUCUAGUUGGGAUAGUUGCCUUGUAUCUCUGGUUGGGAUAGUUGCCUCUAGUUGGGAUAGUUGCCUUGUUUCCUCUCGUUGGGAUAGUUGCCUUAUUUCCUCUAGUUGGGAUAGUUGCCUUGUUUCCUCUAGUUGGGAUAGUUGCCUUGUUUCCUCUCGUUGGGAUAGUUGCCUCUAGUUGGGCUAGUUGCCUUGUUUCCUCUAGUUGGGAUUGUUGUGUUAUUUCCUCUAGUUGGGAUAGUUGCCUUGUUUCCUCUAGUUGGGAUUGUUGUGUUAUUUCCUCUAGUUGGGAUAGUUGCCUCUAGUUGGGAUAGUUGCCUUGUUUCCUCUCGUUGGGAUAGUUGCCUCUAGUUGGGAUAGUUGCCUCUAGUUGGGCUAGUUGCCUUGUUUCCUCAAGUUGGGAUUGUUGUGUUAUUUCCUCUAGUUGGGAUAGUUGCCUCUAGUUCAGACAUGGGCAAACUACGGCCCGCGGGCCACAUCCGGCCCGUUAGGCUUUUUCAUCCGGCCCGCCGAACUUGUCCAAAUCGCGACUUUGUUUACUUCCGGUGUGCGUUGGCGCGGAAAGUACUUGUCACACAAAACCCUUCACCAUGAUUUGUCAAUCCGUUUGUCUGUCAACAUUUUGUGAAAAAAACAACCAAUGAACACUCAGUAAAUCACAAGGGACCCGCCCACCACACAGGUGAAGCUCAUUUAGAAACAGCCACAGUGAUUUUGGCGAGCAGCGCGGAGCCUGGAGGGGCUGCAGAGCCACGAGGAGGAACACGCAGCCAGAAGAGGUCCACUUGGACCGGGUAAGAGUCUUUACUACACGUUACGUGUCACGGUGUCCGUAACUUGUGCGCGGUGCUGACUAGUCUUGUAUUUUACAGAGAGGAUUCACCAGCGCCUGCAGCUCCACCUGCAGCUCCGCCUGCCCGGCCAGCAGAGAGCUCUUGUGACACGAUGACAUGAUGUUAUUAUAGUGAAGCCAUAUUGUAAAUAGUCUGUCAAUAGUUGUGUUCUGUUUUCUAUUUCACAACAUGUAUAUAAUGUAGA